CCGAUGGCGGCGGGCGGGCGCUGAGGCCGCCAUGGGCCCGGCGGCGCUCGGGCGGCUGCGGCCGCUCCUCUCCGCGGCCCCGCGGCCCGGCCGCGCUCCGUCGCCCUCCCGGGCCGCGCACACGGCCGGUGCCGGAGCCCCGCGGCCGCACCGCGAUCUCUACGAGGUGCUGGGAGUGCCGUCCACGGCCACGGCGGCGCAGAUCAAGACGGCGUACUACGAACAGUCCUUCCGCUUCCACCCCGACCGCAACGCGGGCAGCGCCGCCGCGGCCGCUCGCUUCGCCGCCGUCAGCGAAGCCUACCGGGUGCUGGGCAGCGCCGCGCUCCGCCGCAAGUACGACCGGGGGCUGCUGAGCGCCGCCGAGCUGCGGGACGCGCCCCGGCCCUCGGGCCGCGCUCCGGCCGCCGCCGCUCCGCCACCGCCCCGCGCCCCCGCCGCCCGCCCCGGGCCCGGCCCCGGCCCCGGCCCGACCCCCUUCGACUUCGACGCCUUCUACCGAGCGCACUACGGGGAGCAGCUGCAGCGGGAGCAGAUCCUGCGGGCGCGGCGGGAGCAGCUGCGGCUCCAGCGGGAGGAGUACGCGGCACAGGGACGGCUCCGGGCCCUCUCGGAUUUCUCCAUCGGGCUCUUCUUCUUCCUGGGGGUUGCGCUCAUCUACGGCCUCAAGUGACGCCAGAGGUCACUUGAGGUGUUGCUCGGGGUGUGCCCUGCACCGCCCCGCGUCUGCUGCUCGCGCUGUGACAUUGCACCCUGCCAGCCUGACCUUCAGGCACACAGUGCCCAGGCUGGCACAGUCUGUGCCCUCUGGAUGCCUCUGGGGACACAGCCUGCGCCAGGCCACUCAGAGUGACCUUGCAGGAGCUCGUGAUGUGCCCCCUCAGCCAACACCUCCUGUGCAGUGCCUGGCAGGUGAGCACAGCCCUGGACUCUGGACUGGGAUGUGUCCCCUCCUUGGCACAGCUGUGUGCCUGCUGAGAUUAAAGGCUGUCAGAGGUGCUGUGUGUGUUCGGCUGUGCCUCUGGUUCUUGCUGCCGUCACAGCUGCUGGUGCCACAUCUCUGGAGCUCUCUCUGGGUGGUGUCCCAGCUGCACCACCCUGUGAGAAUGGCAGGUACAGGAGGCUGAGAUCAGACCUGAAAAAUGAAACCUGAGCCCAUGCCCUGGUCAGUGUGUGACACUGCCUGGAGCUGUGUGACAGCACUUUGGUGUCUGCAGUCCUUUGUCCUGUCUGGGGCCUGCCAGAGCUUCACAGCACCCCUCCCUGUGAGGAUUUUGGCUGUGGUGCACCUGUGAGCACCCAGUGCUGUUCUCUGUGUCUUACACGUGUCUGAGCAUCAUUUGCACAAGAGUAUUUGCCUAUUUAAACACUGAAGUGUUUCAAGAACUGAAGAUUGUGUUUCUCAGAACCUUUUCUCCUUCCUUGGGUGAAGGUUCACCUGUGCUAUGCUGCUGCUGCCUGGAGGGAGAGAAGCUCCCUGGCCAUGGCCUGAGUGUGCCAAGGAUUGUGUGGGGCACUGGGUUUGCUGUCAGAGGGGUGAGCAGGAGCCUGAGCCCUGUCCAGAGCCUGGGCUGUGUUUUGUCCCAGCACAGGAAUGUCACAAGUGAAUGAAUGCCCAGUGUCUGCAGUGUGCAUUUCUGUGACCCUGCUCAGAGCCUGGGGCAGGGCACAGAGGGACACACAGGGGCAAGGUGCAGUGGGGAAAGAGGGAAAGAAUUCUACACAGCCAGACAAGAAGAGUCUGAAACCAGCCCAAAAGCUGGAAACAGCACAAUAGACAUGGCACAGCAGGAAACAAACCCCAGGAGGCUGCAGCUGGAGGAACCAGGGGAUGGGGAACACCCUGGGGAUGGGCAGCAGCCCCCCUGCACUCAGUGAGGAGAGGAGCAGAAGGGGCUGGGGUGGAACAGGCUGAGAGCUCAGGCCUCCUGCCACUCUCUGCAGGGAGGGCUGCUGGGAUGGGGGAGGUGGGUGAGGGAUGGCAAAGGGCACGGUGGCCCCUGAGGGGAUGGGAAAGGCACAUCUGAGCCCUUGGGCUGGGAUGGGAGAGGGAUGAGAUCUGAGACACAGGUUCAGGCUGAUGAGAGCAGUGGCUGCCAAGCUGUGAGCAAGCCCAGCUUGGGCUCCCACAGGGUUUAACCCUCCAUGGGGUGAGGGCUUUGCUGCUGGCACGAGGCACCUCUGGGCACCUUCCCCGUGUGCAGGGCCAGACUGCUCCUUGGCCCCUCUCCUGCCUGUGCAGGAUUGCUCUGGUUGCUCUCUGCCUGCUCUCAGCAGCUUGUGCCACCUCCAGCUGCUCAUUAGAGCUCACUAGAGCUGGGGCUAAACUCAGCCCAGGGGCAGAGUGAGCUUUGCAGGGUCCUCCCUGGGUGUCAGUCUGUCCCUUCACUGGGAUCACAGCACUGGGAUGUCACUGUGGGAGACAGGAGCCUGCUGUGCCCUGCUAAAGGGAACUCUGGAGUUGGGGCUCUGGCACCUGCUGAUGCAUUUUCAUGCUCAUCUUCAUUCUGUAAACAAAUCACUCAGAAGAUCAGAGGCAGCACUUUGGGCAGGCUUUGGCAGGAAGCAUUACUCUGCAGGCUGGAAAUGCCAGCAGUGUCCAUGGCCCUCCUCUGGCUCCCACCCAAACAGGGGCUUUGGAGUUCCUACUGCUGGCUCCUCUCUUCCUCCUCAGGUCUCUGUGAUGUAUCUUGAAUAUUAAAGACAUCCAGCCAUAAAUUGGUGACAAAAUGA